AUGAAUUACGAUGAAUGUCACACCGUUAAAACCAUCUGUGGCCCCCACGCCAGUUGCCACAACACCGCGGGAGGGUUCUUCUGCCUCUGCCACACUGGCUUUGCCCAGCUGUCCGGCAAGACCAACUUUACAGGUUACGGCGCUGGCUGCCAAGAUGUCGAUGAGUGUUUGCAACAGCCCUGUGGUCCCCAUGGCGUCUGCAUCAAUGCUGAAGGAACCUUCCUAUGUUCUCACAUGACACCGCCCAUGACCAGCCAUCUCCAGACAACUCUCAGCCCGUUUGUGCAUUGCCUGUCCAACCUGCUGAAGGAUCAAUCCAUCAUCGACAACUGUUUCACCAAGCGACUCCAGCAGCCACCAGCCGAUCAAUUCUGUUCCCUGAUCAACUCCACGCUAGCGUUUGCCAGGAGGAUGUGUGAACAAAAAGGGGAAUACCGCCAAAAGUCUGCCUCCGUCACUUUGAAGGAUGUGACGUCGUUUGGAAACAAGUUUGUUGCCGACGGUUCGGGGGUGGAGUCGGCAACGGUGUUCCUGGGAGCCAUGGAGAACUUUGCCACGUUGGCCGCAUUGGCCUCACCUACUCAAGAGCUCAAAGCCAUCUCCAGUGCCCACUUGGAUCUCGAUGUGCGGGUCAUUGAUGUGACCAACCGGAGGUUCUUGGCACACGAGAGGUUAACGCUACGAGCAAAGAACGACACUCUGGAUAUUUACAUGAAGACUGUGACUGAGGAGCAACAAACAGGUGCGUCAGUGGUGGUGUUCUUGUCCUACACGGACCUGCGUUCUCUACAGAGGGGGGAGUUUGUCACCGAGGGUCAGCCCCAGUCCCACCUCCUCACCUCCUCUGUCGUCUCCGUCGUCAUCGGCAACCGCCGCCACCGCCAGCUCCGGGACGGCGUCAACAUCACCCUGAGUCACACGUCACAGACCCAGGGGUCGCUGAGUGACUGGCGGAUAUUUUGUGUUUACUGGAACCAUUCGCCGUCUUCAAGCCAUUGGUCACCGGAGGGGUGCGAAGUCAUUCAGUCCAACGGCACACACACAACCUGUGGCUGCCAGCACCUCUCCAGCUUCGCUCUGCUCAUCGCUACCAGCAAGGUAACCCCACCGGCAAACCGUCUCCAGCAUCACGGGAUCCUACCCAACCCUGCGCCAAUCCAAAACGUUCUUCAACUGCGCUAUCGGAUGGUCUGA